CUCUUGUGAAUCGAUUCAGAUACUGGAAAUGAUUAUUGAUAUCCACCCCUAUUUCACACACUCUUAAAACAUUUGAGACAUUUAUUCCACCCAAGUCUUGGGCUAUUCAUGCUGGGAUGUAGUUUUGGCUUUACUUUUUAUUAUUUUGGUAAUGGUAAUGAUGGUCUCUUUUUUUAAAGUUGAGUUAAAAGCAAUUUGGGUUGUCUUUAGCUAUUGAUUGUUUUUUGUUUUUGUUUUUUGUGCAUGCCCACUUAACAAAACUAUAAGAUUAUUUACUAUAUUUUAUUAAAGGUGGGAGUAAAGUUUGCAUGAAUCUGUCACAAAGUCAAACUUUGUUUGUUUACUCCCUGCAGAAAGCAGCUGUAGGUCACUCUUAUUUGGUUCAGUUAUUGGAGGGGCCCCCCCAAAAGAGCCAAUUGGGGGGGUGGGGUGGGUUCUUCAUUUAAGGUUUUUUUUUCAGUUGCAAAACAGAUUAUGGCCCAGGUUGCAACACAAAGGUCUGCCAAUGCACCGCUUCCUACAGCCAUCCUCUGCUGAAUGAGGCGCACGGCGGGGUCCUCUCCAGGGUACUUCAGCACAGGUGCGACAUGCAAAGCGGUCGAGCUGUAAAAUGUGGAGGGGUUCAAGGAGGGGGGGCGUACCUGUUCUUGCUAAUUUGCAGGCUGACUAACCGGUUCUUGGAGGUAACGAGCUCGUUGGCACCUGGUUCAAAAUUCAUCUGGAUGUCUCCAAAAACCUAAACUUUCUAUUUCUCAGAAUAAACAAUCCCACAGACGGAUAAAAAUCAAAGUGGGCUUCUUGUUUUGUGAUCUCGCUUGGCGCGCCCACUCCAUGGAAGGUGUGAGCGCAGAAUGCCAGGACUGACCUCAGGCCAGCCUCUGCUGCUGACAUCACCUCCUCUCCUCUCGUCGCCUCGGCCCCGGAGUCCCAUCAAGGACGCACGCACGCCCGCCCGCUCCGCUCCCGGGGCUUACCGCUUUUUCUGAGAACAACCCAAGCGCGGCGAUGACAGAGGAAAGCCGAGGCAAGCGCAGGAAGCAAGCCAACCCAAGGAGGAAUCGAGAUGCAGAACAAGUGAGUUCACUUGGGUCUGAAGAGGAGGAUAAGGUGUGGAGCCUGGGGCCACCGGACUGCCAGGAGGACCCGGAUAAGACGAGCCUGACUCCCAGCGAGGGGACGGAGGAGGCUGGCAGCCCGCGGCCGCACAGCCUCAGCCCUGGCGGCAGAAACGGCUGUGCCCAGGCGGAGUCAGAGGCCAAAUCCAGGGAGGACGCCGCCUUCAUAUCCGCUGACGGAGGCCAGGAAUCGCUGAGGAUGUACUGUAAGAGCUCAGACUCACAGAACUCCUUGGAGGAUUUAUCUCACUAUGACUUCUGGGCCCAUUUGAGGAAAGCCUCGACCUCAGCCAGUAUCUGGGACCACCUGAGCCAAAACGGCGUGGCGGAUGUUUACCGCUCCAGCAGACACGAUGACCUCCCACCUGCCAUCUGGUCUCCAGGAGCUCAGCAGUGCUCACCUGAGGGAUCAGAUGCAGUCCAACUGCAGCAGCGCUGUCCGUUCUGUCACCGAACCUUCCUGCGAGGAGCUUCUCUGAGGGACCAUGUCAAAUUCUGCCAGGAUCGGGAGGGGGGUCCCAUGGUGUGCCCGCUCUGUGGGUACACGUCCACCUUCAGUUCCCACAUGGAGCGCCACUUAUUGCUCCACAACCAACUACAGGACAAGGCCGGCAUCACUUCCGAUCAAGGAAUGGACAACAGGAAGUUCAAAUGUUUACAGUGUGGGAAAGCGUUUAAAUACAAACACCACCUCAAAGAACAUCUCCGAAUCCACAGUGGGGAGAAACCGUACGAGUGUUCCAACUGCAAGAAGCGUUUCUCCCAUUCGGGCUCCUACAGCUCCCAUUUGAGCAGCAAAAAGUGCCUUAGUGGUGGAGGGCACGCUGGGUUAAAUGCCAGCGGAUUGCUCAACGGACAUAGCCAAAAUUCCUACCCGCAUUCCCUUUCCACGUCUCCCUCUGCUGGAAAAUCCAGAGAGGACUCACAAAACCAGGAGAGCACGAGAGCCGUGGGUCAAGCGCCCACAAGUCCUCAGCAGAUGUUACUGCCGGACCUCAAACCAAACACCGCAAGCCUCAUCAGCGCCUCGAGCGUGUCCAGGUCGUGGAGUCCUUCGCCAGAACUUCCCCCGAGAGCCGGUUUUCUAAAAGGGAAUACUCUGCUGCCUUUCUUCCACUCCGGAGCCAGAUUUGAGCAGAUGCUGCAGGGGAUGCUUCACAGGGAAGCAGAUAAAGAGAUGGAGAAAGACAAAUUAGAGGACAGCAAUGUGGUCUACAACGGUGGAGGGCACGAGAAAAAGGUUUCACCAGACAGAAAUAAAGAAGCAGUGAGGUCUAGUGAUGGGGAGAGCAGUGUGUUUGGGGUGACAUGUCGCUGGUGCCUGCAGCUUUUUCCCAACAUGGCUGUGCUUCUGCAGCACGAGCGCUACCUCUGUAAGAACAACAGGGAAGCGAUCGAAGUGUCUGAUGGCCCUCAAAGGAAGGAUCAGUCGUCGCCGCCAAUGUUCUUCCCCAGAUCUUCUUUCCAGUCAGAGAAAAACAAACCGAGUGAACUUCUUAAUGGAUUCAGUGGGAAAAAGUCUCCUCUUGAGAAGCCCAGCUGGCACACCGUCCCACAACAGCUCUUGGUUGCGCCUGCACCGAGCAGCAACGCACUGUCCUCACACAUGUACUGGUCCAGUCAAGACAAAGGAAGCCCGCGACGGCUCAUACACCGCUCUCUGGAGGAACCGUCUCCUCGGAGCAGAAGACGGGUUCCAUCAGGACUGAGCUCUCCGGUCUGCCUGGACCUCACCGGUUGCUCACCUCAAAUCUCACCGCCCCACGGCAGUGCCUGGUCUGCACAGAACGAACCGCUGGACCUGUCUCUACCCAAGCAGCUGUCCGAGAGAAGGUGGAGCAGCAAAACCCUGAACGGUGUGUCAGUCAGAGGGGAGAAGUUAGGCCGACUGGCUCCAGCUCCACAUCUGACCUUAACUCAGGGCUCAGUCUUUAGUGGGGCCGCUGCCUUUCCAGGCUCCUUAUACAACGGAUUUCCAAUUUUCAGUCAGCCCGGUGUGGGACUGUCAGUGCACGAUGGAGCAACAUCUCCGUUUAGCCAGACAGCUAACUGCACUGGAUUUCGAUCUCCUUUAGCUUACAUGUUAAAAGUGGACGCAGAGGCAGCAUGGAAGAAGAUCCUCCAUGAAGGACACGGUCUAAUGAGUGAAACAUUGAACCGAGGGGAUUUUGACUAUCUGUCUUUAAUCGAUGACGGGUUGGAAGGAGAAGGAGGACCAGGAAGGAAGAGGCUGAAGAAAACGGAUGAGGGACUUUAUGCUUGUGACAUCUGCGAUAAAACCUUCCAGAAGAGCAGCUCUCUGCUCCGACACAAGUAUGAGCACACAGGCAAGCGACCUCAUGAGUGCAAGAUCUGCAACAAGGCCUUCAAACAUAAACACCACCUGAUUGAACACAGCCGGCUGCACUCCGGAGAGAAGCCCUACCAAUGUGACAAGUGCGGCAAGCGCUUCUCUCAUUCCGGUUCCUACUCCCAGCACAUGAACCACCGCUACGCCUACUGCAGCAAAGACCAGGAUCUGGACCAGGACCAGGAGGAGAUGCUGCUCACUCCAGGAGCGGGCGGCCUCGCUCGGGAAACCUCGCUGUCCACGGACGACACUCCCACGGGCCACUCUUUUCUCUCCGACUCCAGUCUGGAUGGCGCUCUCAAAGACGCGGAGGAAGAGGAGGAGGUCGGAGGAAGCGAGGCACUUGUGAGUUUGUCAGAAGCUGCCAGCGACCUGGGAGGUAGUCCCACCCAGGGGUCGCCAGCAGUGGAGAGCAGAGCGCAGAUGGAGAAAAACGAUUUGGAUGUGAGGAAUCAGGAAGAUCAGACAGGAAGUGACACGUGGGACAAAGGCACUGAGAACCAACAUGGAGACAUGGACGAACUGAGCUCAAACACACAAGACUUCCUCCAUACAAACAUUUAAGAGGACUUCAAAAAGACACUUUUUUAUAUACAUGUUGCUAGCCAUAAAGCAGCUUAUCGGAUUGUCCUAAAAUAAAGACAUACACAAAGCAGCCAAAGAAUUCAUGGCCUUAAAUGAGACAUAGCCAAGCUAUAACAAUUAUUUUUAUUUGUUAUUUCAAUAUUCUCACAGUAAAAGUAAACCGUGGGUGUUUUAUGUGAAAAACAUCUUAUUUCUUAAUGCAAAAAAAUUUACAAAAACAAAAAUUUUCUUAAACUUUGAUGCAUAGAAUUCAAUACUUUUGUACGUCAGGAGUAUUUUCACACCCACACUCCGCCCUUCAGCCCUCGGCAGGAUUUUAAGACGCAUGAUGUUACUCAGAAGGUGCAGGUAGCAGCUACAGAUAAAGCCAUAUGAACAUCCGGUUCAAAUAUUUAUUAUUCUCAGUAAAAGUGAUCCGUUGUGUGGUUCGAUGCUUGUUCUAAGGAGUAAGAGAACAUUCUAAAAAGGCUUCUUCAGCUGUUUCCUUGAGUCAAAAGUUUGUGUGUGGCACUGCACAACUUUGUGUCAUUUAUGCUGUGAAAUCAAAAGGUACAACCACCUCUUUUGGUCAACCACAAUGCUCAGUGGCUUUAAUCAGUCAGCCAUCUGUCUAAUGUCACUAGUAAGCAGCAAAAAGAGGAACAUGUGGAAGAUGUUUUUUUAUAUAGUUUUAAGAAAAAGCAGCCAACUGUGCAUUUUUAAAGCAUGGCAUCAAGAACUGUCCUUUGCCGGCUAUUUUUUGUAAUAACUUAAUAAGCUAGAGUGUGUUUUUUUUUGUUUGUUUGUUUUACUCAUCUGGAUUACAAGAAUGCCACAAAUUUGUCAGUGACGGUGCAGCAUUAAGGGGUCAGGAUCUAAAGAUCAGAUCCAAUCUUCUGCUGCUGUUCAGUCAAGGUGAAAAAUGCCUCGUGUACUCAGACACUGUGAGUAAUCCGACUAAACCUUGGUACGGUGAGAUAAGACCAUGGUGCAUGAGGUGUGACUAAGCUUGCAGCAUUCAUGCAUACAAUGUGCCAAAGACACAUUUUGGUCAUAGUUGUGUGUGUGUGCUUGUCAGCAGAUAUGCAUAUGAAACACACCAACUGCUAUCCUGUUUUUGCUCAGUUCCUCACCUGUAAGACCAAAAAAAAAAUGGCCAAAGAAGUAUUUUUACUCUAUUUUACAUACAUUUUAAUAGACAUGCUCUUCUACAAAAGCAAUUUUUUGUAUUUACAUUUUUUUAUUGAAAUUUUGCCUGUUUUUUUAGUGUUUGUAAUAAAACUGUACAUACAUUGUCACCAGAAUCUUGUAUUUUCCUUUAUUUUUUUAAUUAAAA